GCUUUUGCUGCAUCGGAGAAAGCCUGCCUGCUGGCUGGUCGCGGAGGGGAGGCACGGCGAACAAAAUACACGGCGGCAGUAUCAUUAUUUUCUAAGGAAAGACGCACGAAACGUGUUUGGAAGGUGUGCUGAUGGAGCGGAUAGAUAGAAGGGGGUCGGAACCGGAGGCGAGUCACGCGCCGUCGCGUGCCAGCUGCGGCAGUGCAAGAGGGGUGACGGCCGGCACGCGACCAUCUGGCACAGGCGGGGCGUCCUCCUCGCACCCAUGCACCGUAUAAAACGUGCCGCCGCUCCUCGCCGCCCGCAUUUCGUUGCUCUGUCUCGACUCGGUCACUGCGCAAUGCGGGUCUUUUGCUGAAGGUCUCGUGCAAGGCGGAGAUUUGUGGAUUUCAUACCCGACUCGCGGAGGAUUUGACGUUCAGCAACCAAGAUGGGACGUGGAGGCGUUGACACGUCGGCUAGUGGAAGGAGUCAUGAGGUCUUCAAGCUCAACCUGGACACGUCGCUUGACAACUUCGACCUGUUCCACAAGAGCGUCCUCCCCUAUCAGAUUUCCAAGGUAUCACCCCGAAUUGGCUGCACACCUCCAAGGGAAGAGGUUGGGCAAGAGGACUGGCUGUCUCACUCAAUCGAGCAGGUCUGUCGCAAGGCCCUCUACAAAAAUGUCCAAUACAGGACCAUAAACAUGUCCUCCGAAGCUGGCAGUGAGGACUUAUGCCAUGUUCAGAAAGAUAAACUUGCAGAAAAGCCAAAAAUCGACACCCCCCAUUCAACGCCGGCCAAGUCAGCUCCUAGGCCACCGAACAACAAGGCGACAGAUCUGAAGACGCCGGAGAACGUCAAGGUUCCUCCGUCGAAGACGCCAAAGACGAGCACACCAAAGAGUGCGUCCUCGUUUAUGAAGCGUUGCCGGAGGGGCAGCUCGUUUCGCCUGCUGCGAUCUUCAGAGAAGAAGAACGUCCGGUUUGCCUCCACAGAGGACCUGGCUGCCGAGGAACGCGAUUCGCCCAACGGCUCCCUUGUGCCACCGUCAGAGAACAGAGUCAAGGCGGAAGAAGCACUACAAAGCAUCUAUGCCACUGUCAGUCCCAUUGUACCGAGAGACCUUAGGGAUGUCUGUCGAAGGCUUCCUUUCGCUGAUGAAGACGCGAUGACGCCUGUAAAGAAACCGGAAACUCCCGAAUGCUCUUUCCUUAAUCCUGCCGUAUUUCCCGAGAACAGCCCCCUGGGACACUACCUGCAAUGGAUCGUUGAGCAGUCGGGGCUGAGCUCCGUGCCCAGCGUCCAGCAGUGGCUCAAGGCGGUGCGCCUCUCGGUAGAGAACGAGUGCCUCAGCUCCCUGCAAAGCAAAUCCCUCACCAAGGACCCAGCCCUCGCUGCCGUGCUGGCCGUCGGCGAUGCGCACGACGCCAUCACGUCACUGCAAGACCGAGUUGAUUCGGUUAUGGCGACCAUAACUCACGUGGCCAGGAGGCUCGAGCAGGGACUCUGGCUCAAGUUCUGCAGCAGCACUCCCGGUCUUAGUUCGGAGGUGAACGACUUGCUGCGAGACUACAAGACUGUGAUCCACGGCUCCUCGCCGUAUUCGCGCAAGGUAGAGAGCCACCUGUACCGACUGCUGCAAAACCUCCGAGAGAUCGGAGCCAGGCCCAACCACAAGCCUGCCGAUCUAGAGUCCAUAAUAUCGCUCAUGGCUGACAUCAAGAACACCGUGCAGACGCUCAGCAACUCCCUCAUCUUGAAAGAUCUGGAGAAAAUAGUGAAGAUGAGCCGCGAGAACCGGGCCCUGAGUUGCGCACGGCGAGGCGUAGCCGCGCUGAGCAGCUUGGGCGAAGCUGGUCCGGAUAUGUGCGACCUGAUCACGCGAGUGGGCGGCGUAAGCGCUCUCCUGUCGAUCGCCGAGGAUGCCGGUCUACGGCCGCUAAAGUGCGCCACCGUCCGUGCGCUGACCAUCAUCUGCGGCCACUCGGUGGCCAUUCGGCAGCUGGAGCAGGCAGGCGGCAUCGAAUGCAUCGAGAGAACCCUGAGGGACGCCGACGCCAGUCAACAGGAGAAGUGCGAGGCAGUUGGCUUGCUGGCCCAAAUCACUGCCCCAUGGGUCGACUGUACCGGCGGCACGUUGAGGCACAUGUCGAAGCACAUGGACUCGCUGGUCUCAUCCCUGACCGGGAUCAUCGAGCGGGCCAACAGCGGAGACGUGUUUCUGCUGUCCGCGGCUGCGCUCGCCAACCUCUCCUUCUUGGAUCACGUGGCUCUCGAGUGCAUCCACAGGAACAAAUCUGUGCGCGCUCUAAUGCUGGCGACCAGGCAGAAAGACCUGGCCUGUUCCAUCUUCGCCAAGGAUCAGGUUGCGACGAUCCUGGCUAAUGCGUCCGCCGGGAAGUACUGCCACGCCGAUAUCAUCGAGUCCGGCGCGCUGAUUCAGCUCGUCUGUUACCUGCAAGUUCGCCCUUCCAGCCUGCACAGCAGCGGAGAAGUGGAUGCCUGCGAACGCGUCUUGCAGAAAUCUGCGAUCGCUCUGGCGCGCCUCUGCUCAUGCUCAAGCACAGCCAACAUGGUCUUGCAAAUGCAAGGUGUACAAAGACUUGUUCGGCUGUGCAAGGAACCAAAGGAACGCAACAGCAGCAACUCUGUCCUAGUGGCCUGCCUGGCUGCGCUACGCAAGAUCGCCGCCUCGUCCGGUCACAAGGAUCUGAAGGACCUCGGCGCCGCGGAGCUCGUGAAGGACGAUUUAUGGAACUCUUUCAAGCAGUACUCGGUUUCCCAUGAAAGUUACGUCUAAUGAGGGCUUACAACAACGCUCAUGCAUUUAUUAGUUCACCGAGGCUGUUAAUGCAUGCGAGAAUUCAUCAAAAGGAACACAGAGCAUUUACAUAAAAUGCACUAACGUAUAGUCAUGAAAAAAGAAGCGGCUAUAUUCUAAGUCAGCGCAACAUCUCUCUUCGGACAUGGGUCAGUCAAAAGCAGAGGAAGCCAUACCGUGAUAGUGCGCCUUAAAUAUUUAUUUGUGAAUUAUAUAUCUAGACGAAUCUACAGACGAACGGCCUGCAUGUUCGCGGUUUCCUUCAUGGAUGAGUCGACUAGUUGUCAGCUGAUCCAGCACUGGUGCUAGAAUGAUGUCCCCGUUACGCAACAAAUCUAGUCAAGGACCUAGUCUUUCGAAACUCUAUACAUAGUGUACAUUAUACAAGCACUGCUUUCUGUGGACUCUGAUGGUGACAGUAGUGUGUCAUUAAAUAAUGUACACAUAGUAAAUGACUUAUAUUCUUGAUGUCGAGAGUGUGCAGAUUGUUGCUUUAUGUAGAUAUUUUACUGUAUUUUGUAUCGUUCUUUGAAGUACAGCUUGUAGCCAAAGACUAAUGUACGUCGCAGUUUUGAAUCUACUUCUGUUUUCUUUGUUUUCCGGUGAAAACGCUGCAUCCCUGCGAGUGUUAUUCAUGAUUUAGUCGUUUUAUGUAUACCGGUAAAUUACUUCACAAUACAGCGUUUGCUCUGUGUAUUCAGAAAUAAACUGACAUGCACUUAACCAUGGCUUGGUUUCCUUAGU